AUUUCCACUUUAGUAGCUUCGUGGCCGGCCCCCUGAUAACACGCGCUACCAUUCUAUUAUCUUUACUUGUCAAUCAACUAAACUCAACGCGACGUAAAGCGACGUAAUGCCUUACUUUGGAUCUUUCUAAAUUCUUGCUUAAAUACUUACCUAAAUAGGCUACUCGAAACGCAAACAAUAAACCGUACUAACUCUAAAUUAUUCCAUAAAUUGAAUCACACCAAAAAGUGUAUGUUAAAGGCGCUUAUGCUAUUUCUUCAAAUGUUACUCCAAUUUUGGUGAUUUUAAUCAUUAGUUUAAUCAAAGUAGAAAUAUUAAACGAUUUUACUCUUUCGUCUUGUUGAACCAAUAAAGUUUUUUAUAUUUGAAAAAAAUAAGAGAAUAGCGAAGAAAGAAAGUAUCAAGUAUGAAGAAGUCUGAAGAAUCUUCAAAAAGAAGAACGUUCAAGUGACGACUGCGACUAUUAAAAGUGUAAAGAGAGUUUGUUCGAGAAAUGCGUUGGAUGAGAGAAACAUGAUGAGGUUCUCGUGCUUUCCGAGAGCGAGUAUUCUCAGUCAGAGGGGCAGCAUCAACUUUACGCACGAUCACGAUGGCGGAUCCAGCGUAUCGAGCGUCGUCGUGAACGGAAGCACGAGGAGUCCCAUCGCGUCCAGUUACAAGCAAUCGGGGGAUCCGGAUCUUACUUACGGCUUCAUACGUCCGCUUCCAAAUAUCACUGCAUCAAAUGGAACGGUCACCUCGAGCAAAAGUCGAGCCGUCGAAGCUCCUAGAGUGACUAAUCAUCGCGAAACACCCUUGGAAACACAUGAAGAAACAGUCAAACAGAGAGAUGAAUACGAGCAGGUACAACCGGCUAAUCCUCGCGGGGGCGUUAUCGGGAGAACGCCUACGCCGCCUACCUCGACUGCGCCUAUACCUUCCUAUGAAAAAGAUCCUAGGAGCGCGAGGCAAAUAAAGCGUGCCAUUUUGGAGAACGAGUUUCUUGGUAAUCUCGAAAACAGUCAGGUGGAAGCUCUCGUGUCGGCCAUGUAUCCAAAACAGUUGACACCCAAUACGAUGGUCAUUCGCGAAGGAGACAUAGGAUCUCAUUUGUACGUGUCGGCGGAGGGAGAAUUCGACAUAUAUCAAGGUAGCAAGUUCCAACGAACCUUUGGCCCUGGCGUUGCCUUCGGAGAGAUUGCUUUGCUUUACAACACUAAGAGGCUUCGUUCGAUCGAAGUUAAGAAGCCUGGUAAAGUAUGGGUACUGGAUAGAUCGGUCUUUCUAAUGGUGAUGAUGAGAAGCGCCCAGGAACGCCUCGAAGGUAACAUUCGCUUCCUCCAGCAAGUUUCCGUUCUUCAAAAACUACCCGAACCAAGAGAUCAGAUACUCGCAAAGAUCUCCGACCUCAUACGCGUGGAAUUUUUUCCUGCGGGCGCAAGGAUCGUUCGGCAGGGUGAAAAGGGCGACAAGUUUUUCAUAAUUAGCGGAGGAAACGUAAGAAUAACCAAGGACACCGAGUACGGCGGCGAGGAGGAAUUAGUAGUUCUCGGUAAAGGACAGUACUUUGGGGAAAAGGCUCUUUACGACGACGAGGGAGAACAUCGUCGACACGCGAACGCAAUUGCCCUUGCGCCUGGCGUCGAAUGUCUUACCCUCGACGGAUCGUCCUUCCUCAAUUAUUUGGGCAGUCUCGAAGAAAUUCGCAACAAGGAUUGGCUCGCCGAAUACGAAAAACAAAAGAGUUCGUUGACACCGAAAAAGUGGACGAACGAAUACUCAAAUCUGACCUUGUUUGAUCUCGAAACGAGAGGAACGCUUGGCGUUGGCGGCUUUGGACGCGUCGAGUUGGUCACUUUAAAGAACGAUCCUGACAAAAGUUUUGCUCUUAAAAAGCUGAAGAAAAAGGUUAUGGUUGAUCAGCAACAGCAAGAGCAUGUUCUCAAUGAGAAACACAUUAUGCAAGCCUGCGACUCUCCUUUCAUAUGCAAACUUUAUCAAACGUACAAAGAUUCCAAAUACGUCUACUUCUUGAUGGAGAUCUGCCUGGGCGGAGAUGUCUGGACGACUCUACAAAAAAGAAGAUUCUUCGAUGACGCGACGGCACAAUUCAUGGUAGGUUGCGUCGUUGAGGCUUUAGAUCAUCUACACUCAUUGAAUAUUGUUUAUCGAGAUCUCAAGCCGGAAAAUUUGAUGCUCGACUCUCGUGGCUACCUCAAGCUGGUUGAUUUUGGAUUUAGCAAAAAAAUUGGUCCGGCCAAAACAUGGACAUUUGCCGGUACACCUGAAUACGUUGCUCCGGAAAUAAUAUUAAACAAAGGACAUGAUCGGGCGGUGGAUUAUUGGGCCCUCGGCAUUUUGACGCACGAACUUUUGAUUGGCAAACCACCCUUCCGUGCGGCCGAUCAUAUGACCACGUACAACAAGAUUCUCAAGGGAAUUGAAGUUGUCGGUAUACCAAACGUUGUUAAUAAAAACGCCAACCAUUUCAUCAAGAAGCUUCUACGGCAUUCCGCUUCCGAGAGACUGGGCUAUCUAAGAAAUGGCAUACAGGAUAUACGCGAUCACAAAUGGUUUUCCGGAUUCAAUUGGCAAGCUCUACAACGGUUAGCCUUGCCUGCACCUAUAGUGCCAACGGUACGAAACCGAAUCGAUACGCGAAAUUUCGAAAGAUAUCCACCGGAGCGAGAUAUUCCACCGGACGAACUUUCUGGCUGGGACAAGGACUUUUUCGUUUGUAAGCGAGUCAAGAGAAUGUCUUUGAAGAAAUUUCGAAGUGGUUUCACGAUUAAACUACAGAAAAAAAAACAGCCAAGAAAAAUCACUGAGGAUUUUUAUCGAGAUACAUUAAUUGUGCGAAAAUAUGGAGUUAUGGGUGAGUCUGAGGAAACGCAAACGACGACCAUAUUGACUUACGAGAAAAACGCACGAUCAAAGGAGCUGAUAAAGAAAGCGAUAUUGCAAAAUAAAUUUCUUAGUAAUCUUGGAGAGGACAACAUCGAGAAACUCGCGUCCGCAAUGCAACCUCGAGAAGUCUUAGCUAAUACAAGACUCAUUAAGGAAGGUGAAACGGGCUCGGAAUUAUACGUCUCGGAAGAGGGCAGUUUCGAGAUUUACGUUGGAAAUACGUUUUACGGAAGAUUCGGAACCGGAGUGGCCUUUGGAGAGCUCGCCUUACUUUACAAUAUCAAAAGAUUAUGCUCGAUAGAUGUACAGACGAACGGGAAAGUUUGGGUACUCGAUAGAAAAAGCUUUCACGCUAUAAUAACGAAAUCCAUGAGAGAAUCUACGGAGUACAAUCUUCAAAUGCUUCGGCAGAUCAAGAUUCUGAGUGAGCUACCCGAAGAAGUGCUUUUAAAGAUGUCAGAUUUGAUAGCCGUGGAAUUUUUUCUGGGAAACAGCUACAUUUUUCGCGAAGGAGACCCAGGCGUCAAGUUUUACAUAGUAAACGGUGGAAACGUUAAAAUAACGAAAAAUAAAUCGUACGGAGGCGAUGAUGAUUUGAUUCUCCUCGAGAAGGGUGAUUAUUUUGGUGAGAAAGCACUUUACGGUGACACCGAAUGUCGUCGACAGGCAAAUGCCGUGGCUCUACCACCUGGCGCCGAAUGUUAUACCAUCGAUAGGCAGUCCUUCAUCGAUUAUCUCGGGGGACUAGAAUCGAUUAAGAAUAAGAAAUGGGUGGUCAAUAAAAAACCGGUUGUUAAAGAUAAUUGGGAAAAAGAAUUUCAAGAUUUGACCCUAGCCGAUUUAGAAAUCGAAGGUACAAUCGGAAAAGGUGGUUACGGAAGAGUGGAAUUGGUCACCGCUAAUUCAAUGCCGAAUAUCAGUUUUGCUAGGAAGAAAAUCAGGAAGAACUUGAUCACGAAAAAUAAGUUACAAAAGAUUAUCUACAAUGAAAAAUACAAUCUUAUGGCUUGUGAUUCUCCUUUUAUUUGCAGAUUAUUACGAACGUUCAAAGACAAAAGAUACCUUUACUUCCUUUUGGAGAUCUGUCUCGGUGGAGAUCUACGUACGGAAUUGCAGAAGAAGGUUCGUUUCGAACCUUCAGACGUAAAGUUCAUCACUGCUUGCAUCGUCGAGGCCCUUAAUCAUUUACACUCGCUUGGCAUCAUUUAUAGAGAUCUCAAACCGGAAAACAUAUUAAUCGACCACAACGGCUACGUUAAACUCACUGACCUUGGAUCGAGCAAAUUCAUUGGCCCUUAUAAAACUAUGACGUACAUCGGCACACUCGAGUAUUUAGCUCCGGAAAUCAUUCAGAGUUCAGGGUACAAUAGGGCUGCCGACUAUUGGUCCUUGGGCAUCGUCGUCUACGAAUUGUUGUGCGGCUGGACUCCCUUCCAAGGUAUGAACGACGUCGAAGUGGGCAAUAAUAUCAUCGCGGGUAUUGAGACAGUCGAAAUACCUAAAAUACUUUCUAAUUCAGUCAAAGAUAUUAUUCAGCGUUUGCUUAAAGCAGACCCUACGAAAAGACUCGGCAACUUGCAAAACGGUGCUGCGGAUGUUCGUCAUCACAGGCAAGAGCAAAUUUGUUUAUUAUUUAGCCUUAAAUGCAAAAUCAUAUAA